GAUGGAGGUCAGAACAACAACAACAACAAUGGUGGUCAGUAAGAAGAUAUCAACAACAACGACAACUCAACCAGUGUGAAAGGCCAAUGCCUAGUACACACCAACAGCCAUACCUCCCUAACCAUGUUCCCCUGCUGGAAUCGGCACAUCCUUCUGGACAGUUCCAGAGUGAUCCUCACAGAGGCAUUCAAUCAGAGCCAGAACAAACUGACCAAUCCACAAUGCAUCAGCAACUUUCACCGAUAAUGUCACUCCAAUCUACAUUUGCACCAGAUCAAUCGACCAAGCAACAUCUUGAGGAGUUUGAACAGGUUCUACAGUCCUAUCUAUCUGCACAGCAUAACGCCAGUAAUGGUCAUGCAACUCAAUACUCAUUAAACUCAAGUUCUCAAGAAACGCUACAACAUUCGCCACACCAUGGUCUAGGAGAAGCAACACAGGACACCGCUGUAAGCCAGAGACGUGAAGAUGCAACCCCAAUAGAAAUCGAAGACACCACGCUAUCGUCAUCUUCAGAAUACAUCAAUUCCCGAACUUCGGUGCAUCAUGGAGGGAUGUCAAUUGGAAUGAAACCAUUCUAUGAGAAUGAUGAUAGCCUUGCCGUGCUCUCAACCAGUGGAUUGAGUUCUGCACAAAGCAGAACUGAUGCAGCUCCAGUCGAGAGUGAACGAAUUCCUGAACAUCGCAAACGCAUUCACAGCCACACCGCUAAAGGUGAGGGUGAUGGAGUUGAUGAGAGCCUGGAACAGCGUCCUGGUAAACGACGAGCUAAGACGGAUCUUAAACCUACCUCACCAUAGAGCAGGAUGUGA